AUGGCAGCCACUGCAGUCCAGACCAACGGCGUCAACAUACCUGCGCCAGAUUUGAACGGUGCUCAAAUCGCUGAUUCAAUUGAUUUCACGACCAAGUAUGAGGCCGAACGGGACAAACGACUUGGCAAAGGCCUAGGUCAGUAUGUUGAGCUAUCGAAGUCGAAGGAGUUUGGCAGGCUUUUGGAAGAUCCUUGGGUCGAAGCAGGAACACCGGUUCCAGAAAUCUUGCCGGAUGGCGGUCACACGAAGUUCCUUAUCAUCGGCACUGGUUAUGGCGGCAUCCUCUUGGCUGUGCAUCUGAUCAAAUCCGGGUUCAGCUCGAGCGACAUUGUAUUCGUCGAUCCUGCUGGAGGCUUCGGAGGCACAUGGUACUGGAACCGAUAUCCAGGAUUGAUGUGUGAUAUCGAGGCUUACGUAUAUAUGCCAAUGCUUGAGGAGAUGGACUAUAUGCCGAAGCACAAAUACGCCGCUGGAGAGGAACUUCGACACUAUGCCAACAAGAUCGUUGAGAAGUAUGGCCUUCAGGAUGCGGCAAUGUUCCAGUCCGAGACCAAGAACAUGGAUUGGGAUGCGGCUAAGCAGGUUUGGCAGGUUGAGAUUGAGCAGAUGCCGAAGGGUGGCCAGAGGAGUAACAUCAAUGUGACAGCUGAUUUUGUGAUGCUUGCCAAUGGUGUGCUGAACAAUGCGAAACUCCCGAAUACGCUGGGUGGUGACACCUUUCGAGGCGAUAUGUUCCACACCGCAAGGUGGAAUUAUGGAGUGACAGGAGGAAGUCCAGCCAAGCCUGAAUUGACGAAGCUGAAGGACAAGAGAGUUGGUAUCAUUGGGACUGGCGCCACCGCUGUCCAGAUUGUCCCUCAGUUGGCCAAAUGGGCCAAGCAUCUGACUGUAUUCCAGAGGACAGCAAGCGCGGUGAACGUAAGAGGGAAUCGUGAGACCAAUGUGGCGACAUGGAAGACUGAGGUCGCUAGUCACCCUGGCUGGCAGAAAGAGCGGAAUAUGAACUUUUUCAAGUUCGUUGGCAAUACUGAUCCCAAGCCCAAGGUUGAUAUGGUGUCAGAUGGUUGGACCGGCAUGCCGAGCUUUUCGGCGCUUAUAGGUUCGCCUGCAUACGACGUUGGUGUCCAAAACGUUGGUGACCACGUUGCUCGGAUGCACGCUUUGGAUUUCCCCCACUCGGAGAAGGUGCGACGAAGAGCCAUGCAAGUCGUGAAGGACGAGAAGACAGCGAAGGACCUGCAAGCUUGGUAUCCUGGAUGGUGCAAGAGACCUUGCUUCCACGACGAAUACCUGCAAGCUUUCAAUCAGCCGAAUGUGAAGCUCGUGCAUACCGACGGCAAAGGAGUGGAUCGUGUCACACCUAAUGGCGUGCAAUUCAAUGGCAUCGAUUAUGAUGUCGACGUUCUGAUCUGGGCGACCGGCUUCUCUGGUGCAGGCAUCGGCACAGUCGCCAGCAGAGCGAGUGUCAAUCUAACAGGAUCAGGUGGCCAGACAAUGGAUGAGAAGUUCGCAGAGCAAGGCUUCAGCACACUCCAUGGCGUUGUCAGUCGUUCCUUCCCAAACUUCUUCUGGCAAGGCAUUCAGCAAGCUGCUGCGAGCCCGAAUCAAACGUUUCUUCUAGAGGCACUUAGCAAACACAUUUCAUAUAUCAUAGCGACCGCGAGCAAGAAAAGUGGAUCCCGACCGAUCAUUCAGCCGAGCUUGGAUGGUGAAGAAGAGUGGUCGAGUCGUAUUGUGGCGGGUGCUGCCACGUUUGCGAGUAUAGCAGGAUGUACUCCCAGCUACAUGAACAAUGAGGGCGAAAGCCGAGGGAUGAGCAUAGGAGAGCAGAUGAAGGCUGCGCGAGGCAGUGUCUGGUCGAAGGGCAUUGCUGAUUUCGUCGAUGUUAUAGAAGCGUGGCAAGCGGAGGAUAAGCUGGCAGGUCUGGAGGUGAAAUCAGCUGCCCUGGUCUCAAGUCCGGAUGAGGGGUCUUCAACACGAGCGCGACGCAUCGGAAACAGCAGUGCGCAAGGCACGGUCAUAUUCCAUUCGAAGGGGCAGCUUGAGGUCUCCUCUCAGAGCAAGAGCCCAAAGCAGAAAGAUGAUCGCAACAUAGCGGCGGAUCGUGAAGCAUUCCUCAAGGCAGUAGCGGAUGCCAUACCUCGACAAAGCCUCUGGUGCGACUGGCUGAGAUCGGCUUCUACCGAACGGCUGCGAUUCCAGUCAACCUUCCUAAGCAUAUUCUUCCCUACCGAUAACGCUCGAUUCCCGGGCUUCGACUUCAUCUUACGUUCGGCGCCGUCGAGUCCCACUCUACAGUAUGCCCUUGAUGCGUUAUGUCUGGUGCACGUUGGAACAGCGAGCAGGGAUCGGAGGCUUCAAGAGGCUGCACGACGGUCAUACGGCAUGGCGUUGUCCAAGAUGCGGAAAGAGCUGAUGGCUCAGUCACGCGACCCUUCGAAACUUAUGGGUGCAAUGCAUCUGUUGGCAAUCUGUGAGUUCUUCAGCCGCAUUGCUGCCUCGGAUGGAGAAGGUGUCAUGCGACAUGUACGAGGAAUGACACAGAUGCUAGCUGCAUGUAGACCUGAGACGCUGCACCCUGAGAUUCGGAUUCUGCUUGGGACACAGCUUCGUGGUUUGGCUGUGUGGGACUGUAUGCUUCGACGAAAGGCCAUGACGGGCUUAGGCAGCCUUGAACACGCCAUGGCGAUGGGUACAAAAUUCGGCGCCACGACAGAGCUUGCCAAGGUCGCAAUCCGGGUGCCUGCAAUACUUGAAGAGUGCGAUAUUCUGCGAGCUCAAGGCGAGAACACUUCCAUCAACACAGUCACGACGUGUCUCAGCAAGAUCACGGCUUUGAAGGAUGACUUACGCGCAUGUCUGGACGUGUGGUACAGCGACACGAACGAGAUGCCGUAUCGCGUAGCACCAGUCUCAGAACUGUCGAACCCAAGGAUGAUAGGCGCUGACAUCGAUAGGCUCUUCCCACACGCCUUUGUGUUUCCAAACUCACUGGGAGCACCGAAACAUCGUUCAUACUGGGUCCUGCUGCUAGCGUUGACUCAAGCACGCCUCGAGCUUUUGGAGACUUUCCCAUCGCUACAAGGCCCAUAUGAGUGUGACGAGCUAGAACGGACUGCUCAAGAGACCGCCGACAAUCUUUGCAUGACUGUUGCGUUCGACACUCAGCCCUCCAGCGGAUAUGUUGCUAUGUUUUCAGCCAUGCACCCAGUCCAGAUGGCAUCACUGUGGUACCGGAAGAAGAACGACGUACGAAAACUCGAGUGGUGCAGGAGAGCAUUGAGAAGCUUUCAAGCUGCAGGUCUCCGUCCGCCGGUCAUCUGA